GGUUGCUGGACCAACAUGAGCUUGUUCACGAAGAAGGACUUGGGGCUGUUGCUCCCCGACACCGAGCCUGGCGAUGCCAUGUCCUUGCGCCAUUCAAGGCGCCUUGAAGAGACAGAGGAAUAUGAAGCCCCAUUGCCAAAAGUCGACUCGACCAAGAAAGUCGCGCGGUAUCGUGCCGGCCACGUCCCUGAAUUCGCCGUCGGAGAACUCAUGCCAGACGACGGCCCUCGGUUUCUCGCUGGGUCCAAGAAGCCUGCUGUAUCGUCGCGGGAGAAGUCGAUCACCGUUCCCAAUGAGCGACGAAAGAUCGUGGCGCAAAUCGUGAAAGCUUCGUCCUUAGCAAUAGCCCCCCAACCAUCGGCCCCGAAGUUUGCGGCUCCGUUAAUCGAUUCAGAAUCCGACGCAAGCGAUGAUGACGUCGAUCGUCGUGCGCGCCUUCGAAGUAAGAUCCUCGCUCAAAAGCGAGACGAACCAGAGCAACUCCUCUCCGUCUCGACCGAAGCGCUUGCCCUGGAAACAACUCCCGGCCCAUCCAUCGCCGUCGCCCCAAGCCAAUUGGCGUCGUCCGAGUCCGAGUCGUCCGAGUGGGAAACCGACACCGAUUCGUCCGAUGGCGAGCAGAUGCUGAAGCCCAUCUUCGUGCCCAAGCGUGCCCGGGACACCAUUCGCGAGCAAGAGGAGAAGCUCCGAGCCAUGGAAGAACGCGACCAAGCACUCGCCGAGCGGGCUUUGGAGAAGAAGGCCGAGUCGCGCAAGUUGGUGGCGGAGGUGCUGUUGCGUGAAGAGGGCGACGCGGCGCAGCGCUUGCAAGACGACGCGACUGACUCGGAGAUGCCAGACGACACGGAUGGGCUGCACCCGGAGAAGGAGCAGCAGGACUGGGAACUGCGCGAGAUGCGCCGUCUCAAGCGGGACCGCGACGCACGGGACGAGCGCGAGCGCGAGGCGGCGGAAACGCUGCGACGGCGACACAUGACGGACGAAGAGCGCGAGAAGGAGGACGCGGCGCUGGGCAAGCAGACGGAGAAGGAGAAGAAGAAGUGGAAGUUUCUGCAAAAGUACUACCACAAGGGCGCGUUUUACGUGGACGACAAGAGCAUCAAGACGGAUACCGACGUCCGCCGCCGCGACGCCGACGAACCCACGCUUGAAGACAAAACCAACCGGGAGAAUCUGCCCACGGUCAUGCAGGUCAAGAAUUUUGGCAAGUCGGGGCGGACCAAGUACACGCACUUGACAGACCAAGACACGACCGACCACUUCACUGCGCUCAAGAACGACGAGCUGCGAGCGCAGUACGCGUCCAAGCUGAGUGGACUCAAACCAAUUAACCCUGCCCCGUUCAAGAGACAGCGUCGUUAGCCAGCUACAGAUGACUGGCUAAACCUUAUCUCAUGACUAUUAUGCCAGAGUGUGUGUCUUUUAAACCAUAUCUUAUGGUGUUGAUGGUACUAUUAUGCCAG